AUGCUCUACCUGAAAUCUCUGGUAAAAGUUCUCGAUAACUCGGGCGCCCAGGUUGUCGAAUGUAUCAAGGUCCUGCGGAAAAGCCCUUCCAACUGCGCACGAGUGGGUGACCGCAUGGUUGUUGUUGUCAAGAAGGCGCGCCCCAUCCCGCAGAACCUGACCGGCCAGGCGGCUGCCCAGAAACUUCGCAAAGGUGACAUCCGCCACGCGGUUGUUGUUCGCACAAAGCAGCCCACCUCAAGACCAGACGGAUCUACUGUUCGCUUCGACGACAACGCCUGUGUGCUGAUCCAGAAGAGCGGCGAGAUUAUCGGCACCCGUGUGACGGGAGUGGUGGCCAAAGAGCUGAAAGAAAAGGGCUACACAAAGAUUGCCACACUGGCGCCGCGAUCUGUCUAA